AUGGUGGCCAUGCACACAUUCUUCAAGUCGGCCUUUUUCAACUUCGAGUAUCUUCGCCUCCUAGCCAUGGCGCCGCACGAAGGUGCCGAGAUAGGAGAGGCACUUGAAGCAGCUGCCAAGAUUAGGGACCUGGAUCCGGAAUCGUGGUUCAACGCAUUCCUUGAAGCUGGCAACAAAGCUGAAUGUAUCGCAAAGGAAGCCGAGCAAGCAGGAGACGUAGUAUCUGCACGUCGUGCUUAUUUGAGGUCAUCCAACUACCUGCGUGCGGCUCAGUUCAUGCUGAACGAGGGGAAGAUUGGCCAAGACCGGCGGGUUCUUGCCACUCUUGAGCGCGCCAUUGGGAACUUUCGAAAGGGCGUCCAAUACCGCGCUGGCAAGACGUUCUUUCUAGAGAUUCCGUUCGAAAAUGGCAUCAAAUUGCCAGGUUACCUCUACUUGCCAGAAGCCUCCAGGCGAAUCCCCGGCCGCAAGAUCCCUAUUCUGUUGAAUUCUGGCGGAGGUGAUUCCACGCAAGAGGAGAUAUACUUUGUAAAUCCUGCGUUUGGUCCUGACAUUGGGUAUGCAGUCGUAACAUUCGAAGGACCAGGUCAGGGUAUUGUUCUCCGCCGUGAUAAGUUACCUAUGCGCCCAGACUGGGAAGUGGUCACAGGUGCGGUGUUGAACCACCUCUUUGACUUUGCGGCGAGUCAUCCAGAUCUUGAACUCGACCUUGACAACAUUGCUGUUACCGGAGCAUCCAUGGGUGGCUAUUUUGCCUUGCGCGCGGCCGUGGACCCGCGUAUCAAAGCCUGCAUCAGUGUCGACGGGUUCUACAGUUUGGCAAGUUUUGUCGGUGGCAGAAUGCCAGGACCGCUGUUCAACGGCUUCAUGAAAGGCUGGCUGUCUGACAGAACAUUCAAUGCAAUCCUGGGUUUUCUGCAGCGGCUUGACUUCCAGGCAAGAUGGGAAUUUAAUCACCUGAAGUGGGCAACAAACAGUACAACUGAGGCCGAGAUUAUGCGGAGUUUUGGCGACUACACGCUGCUCAAGCCAGACGGGACAGAGUAUCUAGCUGAUGUGAAAUGUCCUACUUUGGUAACUGGCGCAGGAGCAAGCUGGUACUUUGAUCCGGCGACUACAACAGACAAGAUCUAUGACUGCUUGACAAGCCUUAAGGAUGGCGUGGACAAGGAAAAGUGGAUUGCUAAUGACAUAGCCUACGGAGGGUUACAGGCAAAGAUCGGUGCUUUCGGCUAUUCAGCGCAGAGAACAUUCCAAUGGCUGGACAUGAAAUUUGGGAUUCGGAGGGAAACAUUGAAUGCAACAUCAGAUUUGGGGUCGCUUGUCAAGAACACAGCUAAGAAUACGAGCUUACUUUAG